UCUUCUAUUCAAACAUUACUUGCAAAAUCAGUUCAAAACAUACAGUUUGCCAUCAUGGGAAUUCGUCUACCUGGUGUUGCUAAUGCCAAGCGGAUUCUGCGAUUGGCUGAUCGGAAUUCGGAUGUGAUUCCGAAAGGCCACUUGGCUGUUUAUGUUGGAGAAGCACAGAGGAGGCGCUUUGUUGUUCCAGUUUCAUACUUGAGUCAUCCUUCUUUCCAAAAAUUGCUGAGUCAGGCUGAAGAAGAGUUUGGUUUCCACCAUCCCAUGGGUGGUCUCACGAUCCCGUGCCGAGAAGAAGCUUUCAUUAAUCUCACUUGUAGUCUAAAUGGCUCGUGAUCCAGGCAGCUAGAUUUAGUUUAGAAAAGUAGACAGCGUAUAAUAGGAUCAACAGUUUUGACAUUGAAAUUCAUCUUUCAAAGUCAGUGUAUAGUCCAUUCUUUUCAUUGAAGGAAACAGGAUAAUGAGAUUACUCAAUCCAAACACAUUGGUUAGAAACCCUUCCUUGCUUGUGUUCCUACUUCAAGUCAUAAAACAGAAAUAUCAAGAAAAUCAGAUACACAUAUGCUAAUAAUAAUGGCUUUCCUUUGAAUU